AUGGCCAAAAAGACAAACAGACGGGCAAAAGCUGCCACAAAUGCAUCUGCUACUCAACCUAUUGCAAAACCAACGACUUCCUUGAUCAAGGAAGCAACCAAUUUACCAGAAAAGACUUUGACAAAACGAUUCAAAAAUGCUGAACAUGCAGAUUCAUCCCAUCAUGAAGCCUGUGAUGAUCCAAAAUGUGUGGGAUGUGAUGCGAGUCAAACAGAAGUAGAACAGGUGGAUGCUGAUGAACUAGCGAUAGGUUCUGAAUCAAAAGAGAUGACUGCAGUUGAUAUCUAUCAGGCUGCUUUGGAAGAACUUGCCAAAUCUCAAUUGGAAGAACAAGAUACUGAUCAAUCUGCGCACGAUUCGAUUGUCAUUAGAAUGUUUGAGCAAGCAUUAGAGCAAUUUGAAUUGGAGGAGAAACUAAAAGAACCGACUGAUAUCAAUGACUCUUCAGCCCCAACUGAUAAACAACCAUCAAAACUCCAACCAUCACCAUUGAAGCGCAAGGUUGCGGAUCUAGAGUUUGAGUUGACCAAAAAACAAGUUGAAUUAAAAGAACGACAUAGCGAAUGCCUACUGGAUUUUGGACUUUUUGUUAAAUUUGAAGGGCAUCUGCGAGAUGCACUGAAGCUGUUGUCUGAGUGCAAGCAGGCCAACAAAUCUACGGAUUUAAGUUUAUCUGGAUGGUGUCUGGAAGGACGUAUUGCAGCAGCUCUAGUACAAAUACUAUACUACCCAGAAGUUAAAGUAUUUGACUCGGAUUCUGACAGCGAUCACGAAGCCGACACGAGCCUAUCCAAAACCUCCGUUACUAAAGAUGAGCAGCAACUUACAGCGUGCUCGCUUGAUGCAUUUGAAAAGGCAAUUCAAAAUCCAAAGAAACUGAAUGCUCAGCAAAUCUCAAUCUUUAGACAUGCAGGAAAGACACUGUUGAAUCUUGCAGUAUCUCAACGUCGCACUGGUAAAGAUCAUACAGCCGGACUAGCCAUUCUAAAAACUACACUCGGAUAUAUUCAACAGUACUUUCAAUCGUUUGCAGAAACUCCAAAGACUUAUGAUGCAGUGUACGUUGAUAUGCAACGCACUCAUGCGAUCUGUCUCUACCAUCUUGCAUGUAUUCUUCAACAUUCUGAAGUCAAGUCCAAGCUCAAAAAGGCUUGUGAUUAUGCAAAGCAGUCUGUGGUUCUUUGGCGAGCAGUCCUCGAAGUCUCAGAGAAUAGCUUAUUGUCCUCUCAGCACCAACAGCUUGGCGAAUCAGCUAUUCUAUGGAGUUCGCUGGAAGAUGAGGAUGACGAUGCAGCACUGACAGCCUUUGAUGAAGCGAGUGUCGCAUUGCAGAGAGCAUAUGAGCUUGAUCCAGACAAUGAUGGACUCCAUCAGCAACUUGUGGAUCUUGGACUUGUUAACGAGGAUAGUGAUGAUGAAGCAUGA